UCAGUGGCUGAGAAGACCAAAGAGCAAGUGUCUAAUGUUGGGGGAGCUGUGGUGACAGGAGUGACAGCGGUGGCCCAGAAGACAGUGGAAGGAGCAGGGAACAUUGCUGCAGCCACUGGCUUGGUGAAGAAGGAUCAGUUGGCCAAACAGAAUGAAGAAGGUUUCCUGCAGGAGGGAAUGGUGAACAAUACAGAUGUUCCUGUGGAUCCUGAGAAUGAGGCUUACGAAAUGCCACCAGAGGAAGAGUAUCAAGACUAUGAGCCUGAAGCAUGAAAGUCCUUUCCUUCCUUUGUAUCACCUGAAAUCUACUACUAAAGACGUCCCAUCCUGUACAAGUGCUGAGUUCCAAUGUGCCCAGUCGUAAAAUUUUUUUACAGUUUUUACGGUGUAUUUUGAAGUCUUCCAUCAGCAAUGAUUGGAGUAUCUGUGACUGCAUCCACCUUGUUUCAGCAUUUUUUUUCUGCUGAAAUGAAAGCUGGCUGGCAGGGUCAUUGUUGUGCUGUGGAUGUUGUGGCUUCAAGUUUAAAAGUUAAAAAAGAAAAUAUUAAAUAAAAACACCUAAGUGUCUACUGCUUAUUUCUAACUCUGUACAUGUUUUGUUGAUAGGCUGUCAGUAAUUUGAUAUUGUUUAUGAUACAAUUUUUAUUUGUUUCCUAUGACUAUUCUUUCUGUGCAGAGAUGACUUAUUGUGAGAGCUUUAUAUAUCUAUGUGUAUGUAUUAUACAUAUAAAAAAGUAAUUGAGCAUGAACUAUGCACCUAUAAAUAUUAGCUGUUGAAAUUUUAUUGGUUUGUGAUGUAUUUUAUUAACUUGUGUCUGUAAAUAGCCGUGUUCAACUGAAGCGAAUAAAAUGUAACCCAUUAAAAAUAAA